AUGAGAUUUAGUAAAAAUUUAACCAUUGUAGCAGCUUUAUUCUUUGGAGUGUCACUUACCUUAUCAAUAGAAAGACAAAUAAAGCUAGGAUUGAAUUUUGAUGGCAACUUAAGUUUGUCUCUAAUCUCUGAAGAGGAUUAAAAUGAUAAUGUUCCUGUGAUAGAUUUGUCAACUAAUUAGAAUUAGACUAAUUUAACUAAAGAUAGAACUUUUGAAUAAAAUGAUAUCAACAUCAAUAAAGCAAAUAUGAUUCACAGAGAUGAUGAUGGAUGGGAUUAAACUUAAAAUGCAUCUCUUAAUCAUGAGUAAGAUGCUGGUUCUAAAAUUAACGUUGGCAUUAAUGCAGGUUCUAACAAUAAUAAUGGAGCUACUACAGAAGCUUUGGAAGAAGCAACUAAUGGAUGGGAGCCAGUUUUUGAUUAUAUGCCCGCUUCCGCAAAAAUUUUUGUAAAGGCUCAAACUGAUGACAAUAUCUAUUAAAAAGGAUAAGGAUAUGCAUUUUAAGAAAAAUAAAGCUUCAAUAAAGAUCUGUAUUUGAAUAAAGUCUAUAAAGUCAUGGUAGCUCAAAUGAAACGAAGAGAACUAAACGAUAAGUUAAAAUAAAUUUAUGAUUAGCUACUUGAAUACGAAGGCAUUGAAUCCAAUGGCAAUUAAUGA